AUGUCAGAGAAUAGUAAUCAUUUUUCAUUUCCAAAGGAAGAAGAGAAGGUUCUUUCCUUUUGGAAUGAUAUUGACGCUUUCCAUGUCUCUUUAGAGUUGACUAAGGACAAGCCAGAAUUUUCCUUUUUUGAUGGUCCUCCAUUUGCUACUGGUACUCCCCACUAUGGUCAUAUUUUAGCAUCCACCAUCAAAGAUAUUGUUCCAAGAUAUGCUACCAUGACUGGCCAUCACGUUGAAAGAAGAUUUGGUUGGGAUACUCAUGGUUUGCCAAUUGAACAUAUCAUUGACAAGAAAUUAGGUAUCACUUGUAAGGAAGAUGUCUUUAAAUAUGGUAUUGAUAACUAUAACAGAGAAUGUAAAGCCAUUGUUAUGACUUAUGCCGAAGAAUGGAGAAAUACCAUUGGUCGUUUAGGUCGUUGGAUUGAUUUCGAUAAUGAUUAUAAGACUAUGUAUCCAUCUUUCAUGGAAUCAGUUUGGUGGGCUUUCAAGCAAUUACACGACAAAGAUCAAGUUUACCGUGGUUUCAGAGUUAUGCCAUAUUCUACUGGUUUAACCACACCAUUAAGUAAUUUCGAAGCUCAACAAAACUAUAAGGAUGUUAAUGAUCCAGCUGUCACUAUCGGUUUUAAUGUUAUCGGUCAAGAAAAAACUCAAUUGGUUGCCUGGACUACUACCCCAUGGACAUUACCUUCAAACAUGGCUUUAUGUGUUAACCCAGAAUUUGAAUAUGUUAAAAUUCACGACGAAAAGAAAGAUUGUUACUACAUCUUAUUAGAAAGUUUGAUCAAAGCUUUAUACAAGAAGCCAGCCGCUGAAAAAUUCAAGAUCGUUGAAAAGAUCAAGGGUUCCGAAUUAAUAGGUUUGAAAUACGAACCUUUAUUCCCAUACUUUUACGAAGAAUUCAAGGAAACUGCCUUCAGAGUUAUUGGUGACAGCUAUGUCAGUAACGAUUCUGGUACUGGUAUUGUCCACAACGCUCCAGCCUUUGGUGAAGAGGAUUACAACGCUUGUUUGAAAAACGGUGUCAUCUCAGAGGAUACUAUGUCCCCAAACCCAGUCGAUGAUAACGGUUGUUUCACCGAUAACAUCACUGACUUCAAGGGCAUGUAUGUCAAGGAUGCUGAUAAAGAGAUUAUCAAGAACUUGACUGCUAGAGGUAACUUAUUGUUAGCAACUCAAAUUCGCCACUCUUACCCAUUCUGUUGGAGAUCUGACACCCCGUUGUUGUACCGUAGUGUUCCAGCUUGGUUCGUUCGUGUUAAGGAUAUCGUUCCAAAGAUGUUGGACUCUGUCCUAAACUCUCAUUGGGUUCCAAACACUAUUAAGGAAAAAAGAUUCGCUAACUGGAUUGCCAAUGCCCGUGACUGGAACGUCUCAAGAAAUAGAUACUGGGGUACUCCAAUCCCAUUAUGGGUUUCUGAUGAUUUCCAAGAAAUUGUCUGUAUCGGUUCUAUUCAAGAAUUAGAAGAAUUAUCCGGUGUCACUGGUAUUACCGACUUGCAUCGUGAUACUAUUGACAAGAUCACUAUCCCAUCUAAGCAAGGUAAGGGUGAAUUGAAGAGAAUUGAAGAAGUUUUCGAUUGUUGGUUUGAAUCUGGUUCUAUGCCUUACGCAUCUCAACAUUAUCCAUUUGAAAAUACCGAAAAAUUCUCUCAAAGAGUUCCAGCUAACUUCAUUUCUGAAGGUUUGGAUCAAACUAGAGGUUGGUUCUAUACUUUAAGUGUCUUGGGUACUCACUUAUUCGGUACAGUUCCAUACAAAAACGUUAUUGUUUCUGGUAUUGUCUUGGCUGCUGAUGGUAGAAAGAUGUCUAAAUCCUUGAAGAACUAUCCAGAUCCAAACAUUGUCUUGAACAAAUAUGGUGCAGAUGCUUUAAGAUUGUACUUAAUCAAUUCUCCAGUUUUGAAGGCUGAAAGUUUGAAGUUUAAGGAAGAAGGUGUUAAAGAAGUCGUUUCCAAGGUUCUAUUACCAUGGUGGAACUCCUACAAGUUUUUGGAAGGUCAAAUUGCCUUGCUAAAGAAAAACUCUGAUAUUGACUUCAAAUAUGAUCCAACUGUCAAGAGUGACAAUGUCAUGGAUAAAUGGAUUUUGGCUUCAAUGCAAUCAUUGGUUCAAUUCAUUCACCAAGAAAUGGCUGAAUACAAAUUAUACACUGUUGUUCCAAGAUUGUUGAACUUUAUUGACGAAUUGACCAACUGGUACAUUAGAUUUAACCGUCGUCGUUUGAAGGGUGAAAAUGGUGUUGAAGAUUGUUUGAAGGCUUUGAACUCCUUAUUUGAUGCUUUAUUCACUUUCGUUCGUGCUAUGGCACCAUUCACACCAUUCUUGUCCGAUAGUAUCUACAUGAGAUUGAAGGAAUUCAUCCCAGAAUCUGUCUUGUCUGAGUUCGGUACUGAUUCUAGAUCUGUUCACUUCUUAUCAUACCCAGUUGUUAACGAAGAUUUGUUUGACGAAGGCAUUGAAAAGGCUGUCUCAAGAAUGCAAUCUGUCAUUGAAUUAGGUAGAAACAUUCGUGAAAAGAAGACCAUUUCUUUGAAGACUCCAUUAAAGAGUUUGGUUAUCUUGCAUGGUGAUGAAAAAUAUUUGAAGGAUGUUGAAAAUUUGAAAAACUACAUCAUUGAAGAAUUGAAUGUUCGUGACGUCAUUAUUACUAGUGAUGAAGAAAAAUACGGUGUCGAAUACAAAGCUGUUGCAGACUGGCCAGUUUUGGGUAAGAAGUUGAAGAAGGACGCCAAGAAGGUUAAGGAUGCCUUGCCAAAGGUUACUUCUGACGAAGUACGGGAAUAUUUGACCACCGGUAAGAUUGAAGUUGCUGGUAUUGAAUUGGUUAAGGGUGACUUAAACGCCAUCAGAGGUUUACCAGAAUCUCAAGUUCAAGAAGGUCAAGAAGCUAGAACUGAUCAAGAAGUUUUGAUCAUUUUGGACACCAAGAUAUACCCAGAAUUAAAGACUGAAGGUUUAGCCAGAGAAUUAGUCAACAGAAUCCAAAAGUUGAGAAAGAAAUGUGGUUUGGAAGCUACUGAUGAUGUUAUGGUUCAAUAUGAAUUGGUUAAGGACACUAUCGAUUUCGAAGAUAUUGUUAAAGAACAUAAUGAAAUGUUGACUAAGACAUGUAGAUCCGAUAUUUGUAAAGAUGCUGGUAGCAGAGGUGAUGCCAUCGCUGACGAAGAACAAACCAUCAAUGACACCGUCUUCAAGUUGAAGAUUUUCAGAUUAUAG